AUGCAUGUACAGUUUAGGAUAAACCAAUAUAAUGUAUUCAAAUAUUUUCUUGCUUUUGAGAGUGAACAACAGCUGGACUGUGCUUUGGACCUGAUGAGGCGCCUACCUCCACAACAAUGUGAGAAGAAUCUUGUUGACUUGAUCGAUCUUUGCCCAGGACUCUGUGAUGAUUUACUAGGGACUGUCGAUCAGCCGUUAAAAGUAGCAAAAGAUAGGGAAACUGGCAAAGAAUACCUCCUUUGUGAUUACAGCAGAGAUGGCGACAGCUACAGGUCACCUUGGACGAAUACAUACGAUCCCCCCGCCGAAGAUGCUCAGCUGCCAUCAGAAAAAUUGCGUAAACUUGAAAUUGAAGCGAAUGCAGCAUUCGAAAGCUAUCGAGACAUGUACUUCGAAGGUGGUAUCUCUUCAGUGUAUUUUUGGGAUUUAGAUCACGGCUUUGCUGGUGUAGUGCUCAUUAAAAAGACUGGAGAUGGUUCGAAAGCUAUCCAGGGAUGCUGGGAUUCCAUUCAUGUCAUCGAGAUCAAUGAGAGAGUGAGCGCAUUC